UGCCCUCAGUAGUGUCCUACGCUGGACUACGCGACUACAUCUCCCAUACACCAUUUGCCCACCAUUGAUACAUAAUGCAAUCUAAUUGGAUCCGUAAUAUCUUUCUCAACCUAUGAUGUGUGUGAUUACUGUUUAUCCUCGAGUGACCUUUAUUGGUGUAUUCUACACGCCGGUAGGUCUAUGUAGUGACCUAGGUCGCUUCUCCUUUUAGUGUCUCCACAAUAUAUGUACAUAGGGGCGCUCAUCUUCACAGACGAAGUGAAAUAGGCACAACGUCAUGGGGGGCAAUGGAAGCGCGUCGCGGAACGUGUCAUUUGGUCUGGACGAAGAGGAGAAGGUCACAGUCAUUGAAGGAGUGAAGCUGUCAGAUGAAGUGCUGCGGCGGAUGAGGGAGGCCAAAGCCUCUCAAGGCAAGGGAUCACCCCCUCACGCAGACCACCAGAAGCCAGCCCCAAGUCCUUCAGUUGCUGAAAUACAAGAGGAAAUGCUCAAGAAGUUUGAGCAGGAACAGGCCUUGGUCCAGGAGCAGUUGGCCAGACUGGCUCAGCGGGAGAAGGAGAGGGAUUCGCCGACUGCUCUUGCUGCUGUGGGAGGUAACAACGUGACCUCCGCCAUGAUCAUGGAGCAGGGAAGAACCCACGAAGAGCUGGAAAAGGCAAAGAUACUGGCCAAACAGCUGGAGAGGAAGGAGCGCGAGUUGGCCACCGUUUCAGCCUUCUACAAGGAGCAGCUCGAAACCCUGGAGAAGAAGAAUCUGGACAACUACAAGCAAACAACUGAACAAUACGCCCAGGCCCAGACCAAGGCUGAGAGUCACAUCCGGCCCCGCCACACAACCGCUAUUUGUACUGAGCUCCAGGGACAGGUGUUCAAGUGCUACAGAGACCACCCACAGCAGACGCUGACCUGCUCCAGCCUGGCCAGGCAGUAUAUGAACUGCAUCCAGCAAGCCAAGCAGGGCUCAUCGGUCAACCAUGGCUGAAUCCACCCCCAAGAAAUACGCAGGAAUACCAGAAGAACAGAAGAAGAAACCAUCCUGUCCGUCCAUCCGUCGAGCUGCAUCUUUUCGUCCAUCAGUCCAUCCUUUUAUUGAACAACUGCUCACAUCAGGCUCAUUUACCAAAUGCCCCCCCCACACACACACACACACACACAGACACACACACACACACACACACACACACACACACACACACACACACACACACACACCCUCUCCCCCCCCACACACACACACUCACACACACAAACAACCCCCCACACACACGCCUUCCCACUGUGUCUCUCUGUGCUGUCUGGAGUGUAUUAGCUUAGCGGUAGCGCUAGCCACUCCAGAGGGUCUGAUGUGUUGAUUCUCUGGGGUGUUGCGACAGCACACGCCUGCCAUCAACCAAAUAAAUCCCAGUGAGCCGCUGGAGAUGAGGCUGCAGAUUGCGUGUGUUCUUUUCUUCUUCUUCCUGUGUGUAUGAACGUCUGUGUCGUUUUGUGUAAAUGAAUGUGUAUAUGUGUUUUUUGGAUUUGGUGUGUCACUGUGCAUUAGCAAUGUGUGCGUAUUUGUGUGUGUGUGUCCCUGUGCAUGUUUUUACGUGUGUGUCUGUGUGCAUGAAUAAAUGUGUGUCCCCCUGGAUAUGCAAUUUAUUUGUUUUUGUGUGCGUGUGCCUGUGUCCCUUUUGUAAAUGUAAUGUGUGUGGAGUGGAUUGUGGUCUGCCUCAUGACUGGUCUAUCUCAUGACUGGGCAUUCUCAUGGUGGUC